UCCUAAUAACUUUGAAGUUUAUACUAACCUAAUUUAUUGAAGACCUAUAUGUUAUUAAAUUAAUAUUUAGAUGAUUUUAGUUUAUAACAAAAAAUAAUAAUAACGCAGUAUGUUUGGUUUACGAUUAGCGCUAUCUAAAACCAUAGCUACAGGUCCAAAUUUAAUACAUCAGCAGACACGGAAUACGUUUGUAUUAAAAAGAAAAUGGCCUCCUCCAUUACAUAAGAAAGGUGGUAAACCAUCAAAACUACGAGCCAGGCAUUUUGUAUAUGAUUUAAUAGAGGACACCAGUGUAACCAAGAAGCCAGAUUUAAAAAUAAUUUUGAAUCAAUUUGUUGAUGGUGUGGGUAAUCAGGGAGAUGUGCUGUCACUUCGUCCAACAAUAGCUUAUAGAGAUUACCUUCUGCCGGGUCUAGCUGUAUAUGCUAAUCCAGAGAAUUUAGAAAAAUACCAAGUUGAUGAAAGUAAACCAAAGGUUACAUCUAAAUAUAGUUCCCCAUAUGUUCAGAGGACAAUGGGGUGCUUAUCUCGUCUUGUUUUACAAAUAAUAAUGAGUAAAACAGAGCCGUGGACACUACAACCCUGGCAUAUUAGGGCAAGUUUCCGAAAAGCAUGCUAUGUUGUGCCGGAACAUGCUAUAAUAAUGCCACCUGUCACAAUAACUGGACCAGACCUAUCUUUACAGGAGAAAGAGUUUUAUGUCACUGUUAAAAUUAAUAAUAAAGAAGAAGUCAAUGUGAGAUGUAGAAUUCACCAUUGGGCAACAGGCCUAGAGAGAUUACCAUGGGUUAAAGAUCACUGGAAGAAGCCCUUUGAAGCUCUCAUUCCAGAACAAGCCUCUGUCUUAGAAAACCUGCCACUGCCUACAUAGAAGUAUAUAGUUUAUAUUAUUAUUCAUUGGCAGAUAAUUUACCUAAAUAAUAUCAAAUAAAUAAAAUAGCUUAAAUAUU